CACUCGCUGACGUUUCUCGAUGAGCCCCGGUCGAGACAGACUGGAGAGAAUGGCUGCCAGUGGAGAGGUAGGGAAGCUGUCACAAGUACAAAAUGGGACGCCUCCAACGACCAACUACAACGGGGUAGACGCCGUUCAUGCCUGCAACAUCCUUCAGCAGCUCAAAGCCUUGUAUGAUGAAGCACAGCUCACAGACAUUGUUGUGGAAGUGGACCAUGGCAAGACUUACUCAUGUCACCGAAAUGUCCUGGCAGCAAUCAGCCCAUAUUUUAGGUCCAUGUUCACCAGUGGCCUUACAGAGAGCAGCCAGCGUGAGGUCAGAAUUGUCGGGGUGGAGUCUGAAUCCAUGCACCUGGUCUUAGACUAUGCCUACACGUCCAGGGUCACGCUCUCCGAGUCUAAUGUCCAGGCCCUCUUCACUGCAGCCAGCAUUUUCCAGAUUCCCGCACUACAGGACCAGUGUGCCCAGUUCAUGAUCAGCCGGCUUGACCCACAGAACUGCAUCGGGGUUUACAUGUUUGCUGAUGCCUAUGGGCACCAGGAGCUGAGGGAACGCUCACAGGACUACAUUCGCAAAAAGUUCAUAUGUGUGUCAUGGGAACAAGAGUUUCUCCAGAUGACCAAGGAGCAGCUGGUCAGUAUCUUGAACAGCGAUGACCUCAACGUGGACAAAGAAGAGCACGUCUAUGAGAGCAUUGUCCGCUGGCAUGAGCAUGAUCGGCGUGGUCGUGAGGCCCACCUACCUGAGGUGUUUUCCCAGUGCAUCCGUCUGCCCUUGCUGGAUGAGGCCUUCCUCAGUCGGAUACCCGCCCCCUUUGCUUGUGCCCUAUCCCUGUCUAAAGACCCCGCUGAGGCCAAAGCCCGCCUCACUGGCACCAAUGGUUGCCCACAGCGCCUGGGCAUGACUGCUUCUGAGAUGGUCAUCUGCUUCGAUGCCGCUCACAAACACUCAGGGAAGAAGCAGACGGUGCCUUGUCUGGACACGGCCACGGGGAGGGUGUUCAAGCUCUGCAAACCACCCAACGAUCUCCGGGAGGUCGGGAUCCUGGUCACCUCAGAGAAUGACAUCUACAUCGCCGGUGGUUACCGACCAAGCAACAGCGAGGUGUCCAUCGACCAUCGAGCUGAAAGCGACUUCUGGCAGUACGAACACGCAGGCAACCGUUGGCUUCCACGCGCUCCUCUGCUGAGAGCGAGGAUCGGCUGCAGGCUCGUGCACUGCUGUUGGAAGCUCUAUGCGCUAGGAGGUCGGGUUUAUGAAGGCGACGGGCGGAAUGCGUUAAAGUCGGUGGAGUACUACGAUGCCAGGGACAACUGUUGGACAGCGGUCAGUCCCAUGCCAGUUGCCAUGGAGUUUCAUAGUGCUGUGGAGUACAGAGACCGAAUUUACGUCCUCCAAGGUGAAUAUUUCUUCUGUUAUGACCCACGUAAGGACUAUUGGAGUCAUCUGCCCCCCAUGAGCGUCCCCCGGAGUCAAGGUCUGGCUGCCCUGCAUAAGAACUGCAUCUACUACAUCGCCGGCAUCUGCAGGAACCACCAGCGCACGUUCACCGUGGAGGUCUACGACAUUGAGAAGAACGCGUGGUGCCGCAAGCGGGACCUCCCGUUCGACCACGCCACGAGCCCUUACAUCAAGGCCAUGCUGCUACAGGGCAAGCUCCACCUGUUUGUACGGGCCACGCAGGUCAUGGUGGAGGAGCACGUGUUCCGCACCAGCCGCAAGAACUCCCUUUACCAGUACGACGACAAGGCCGACCUAUGGACCAAAGUCUACGAGACGCCCGACCGCCUCUGGGACCUGGGUCGCCAUUUUGAAUGUGUGGUGGCCAAACUUUACCCACAGUGUCUACAGAAAGUGCUUUGACGUAGCUCACGUUGUGAACCCAAUCUUCUGCGGCAGACGGAGGAGGAGGAGGAGAAGAAGAGUCGGCCUUGCCUGUCUGCCUUGUGCCUGGUGUUACCUUGGGGUUUUCACCAUCAGGAUCUUUUUUCUUUUUUGUUUUGGUUUAGUCUUAAGUUGUCAAAAACUUCGGUUUAACAUGAUCAAACAUGGGGGUGCUUUUGAAAGAUUGCAGUAUUUGUUUUUUUUAUCCGGACGGCACCAUCGACCCACACAGACGGUUGUUUAAGAGAAAAACCGUACAAUGAAUCAUAAGUGCAAUUAUCCUUUUUUGCUUCCUGUUGAGCCAUGUUUUUUUUGUUUUUAGAUUAGGCAAACGAUAAGCAUGCGAUUUGAGGGUAUUGGCAGGAUGAUAGUGCCCUCUGGUGGUGUUGAUGCUACAUGUCGGCGUAAAAAGAAAAUCUUUCUAUAUAUAUAAAUAAUUAUAUAAACUAUAUAUUCAUACGGGUAAGAUGAAUACCUUAGCUUAUUAGUUGGUUGUUGGCUCUGAGGUUUGUGUGUUUUAUUACCUUUUCUGUUCUCAAGAUUCUCUUUAGCUUGUUUUAUAGAUGAGUUUGAAUUUGAAGUGUGCUUUGUGAUUUACAUUACCUUUAGUGUUUUUGAAGCUUGAAUAAUAUCGUAUGUAUGC